AUGAUGGAAGCGUCCACGCCCAAAUUGACAAAGUCUCGUCGGCGAGACACCGACGACAGCCGAGCGGAGAGGAAGAGGAUCCAGGACCGCCUAGCCCAACGAGCCACGCGUGAGAGAACCAAGAACCGCAUCGCCUAUCUCGAACAGCGUCUCAGCAGCCUUGAAGCCGGCGACAAGGACGGCGAAAUCACCAACCUGACGCGUAUCAUCGACAACCUCCGCAAUGAUAACAACCGCCUUCGAAAUGCCUUGGUGAAGAUGCGAACAGUCAUCGACCAGGCUGUACUGGUGACGGAUUCCUCAGGUGAUGCUCAACCAGAAACCAAGCCUUGCGGAUGCAGCGUCGGAUCCAGUUGCAGCUGUAAUCAGACAUCGUUCCCAGAGAAUACCCCCGCCGCUGCAUUUGAAGACCCGGCUACUACGUUUCGUCACACUUCAGUCUCCUCGACCGACACUUCAGAGGCCACCGAGGUCGUCAAUGGCCACAGCCUUGGCCUGAACGUCGACGUGGCACAGUCCGAUGCGAUAGGCUCGGUGGCGGGCCUCGAGGACUUUUUCGACUUCAACCCGAACUCUCUGCUCGAGAUGUUCGAAAUGGGCGGCACCACGGGCUUUAGCGGUUGGCAGCCCCAGACCCCAUCGCCAUUCGACUACCGCUUUCCGUCGACGGAUGCAGUGGUAAAGGUCGCGCCGGACGUGGACAAAUGGCACGUGUCCAACGGGGCCUUCAUCAGUUGCUUGGACAGCGUCAAGCAUCAAACGGCGUCAACGUCCACCCUUGACAUGCACGUACCCUUCAAAGCAGUGACUUGGGGCUGGGAGAAUGCUGGUCCGGAAGCCCAGCACCCUGUGUGGAGUGCACUGCGGCAGGUUGAUCAGCGGGUUUUUGGCACAUGGACGUCCAAAGCGCAAAGGAUGGCGUUGAUGUACGUCUGCCAAACGCUGAUCCAAUACCGAGAGAAUCCAACCAAAGAGAACCUGGAGCGGGUGCCAGUGUUUCUGCGGCCAAGGCCGUCCCAAGAAAAGGUUCAACACCCAGCCGUCAUCGAUUUUCUCAUAUGGCCCGGACUCCGUGAUCGCCUCGUCUUCGAACACAAGAAAUACACGUCGACGGGCGACUUUUCGGCCGCCUUUGUCGAGAACUUCAACUUCUACUGGCCCUACUCGGACCGCGACAUCUUCGCGUACAACCCCGUCCAAAACCGGUACGAGGUGUCCAAGAUCUUUUUGGAGUACGCGUACAACUUCAAGAACUGGACCAUGCGCCCCGGCUUUUUCAAGAAGUUCCCCGAGAUGCAGCACGACAUCGCCGCCUUUGAAGGGACCACGGAAUUUCCCAAGGCGAGUUGGUCGAUGUAA